UCUAGCGAGGGGCGAAGCACGAGGCUUCGGCCGUCCACGCUGCUGCGCCAGCAAUUGGCAGCCAUCCGGGGGCGAGAGGAAGGCGGCAGAGCGGGAAGAAGGUGACUGGUGAGAGCCCGGGAAAUUGGGGCAUUUCUUUCCAGGCCACCUCACCAUGAUCAUCCCCGUUCGAUGUUUCACCUGCGGCAAAGUCGUGGGCAACAAGUGGGAGGCAUACCUGGGCCUCUUGCAGGCUGAAUACACGGAAGGGGAUGCUUUGGACGCCCUCGGCCUGAAGCGCUACUGCUGCCGACGGAUGCUUCUGUCGCAUGUGGAUUUGAUUGAGAAGCUGCUGAACUAUGCACCCUUGGAGAAGUAGCAUUGGCAUUCCAGAAUAGAGCCACAGGAGUGGGGCUGGAAAAUCUCUCUCUCUCUCUCUGAUGUGCAGACACAUACACUCAUUUCCUGCAAUUUGAUGGGCUUUUCUGGUAGUUUGGGAGGGUGAUUUGGAUUCCUAAAUUUGUGUCAAAACCAGGCCUCGCCACUAGAAGGUGCCGUUAUGCAAUGAAGGAUUCCGUCUCGUAUUUCAGUCAUGUGCAAUAAAGCGUUAGGAAGCA